CAACUUCGAAGUGUUUUUGGAAGUAUUCGGUUCAGAAACAUUUUCAUACCAAAAGUUGUUUAUUUAUUUUUUGAAACGCCUUUAAACUAUUUAUCAGCUAGAAUGAUAACGAAAUCACCAUAAAAAGUUUCAUAUUCGCAUUUCAUUUGAGAGGAGUAACAGCAGUUAAUUCAUGUUAAUUGCAAAUCAGUUCUUUCAAAUACGAAAUUACCUUAAAUUUUUGAAAAUGCACUGCUUUUUAAGAAAUUAAUUCAGUUUCGAUUUAGCUUGUCAUCAUUUAAGAAAUCAUUCUUUAUAAGUACCGAAAAAUCACAAGUUUUAAAAGAAUGACGCGACCGACUUUGCAGAAAGCCAUUGAUUUUGCAACUAAAGCUGCUGAAGAAGACAAAAAAAAUAAUUGUGCAGAAGCUCUUAAAUUAUAUGAAACAAGUGUAGAGUAUUUUCUCCAUUCAAUUAAAUAUGAAGUCAUUUCAGAGAAAUCCAAAGAAAAUAUUCGAGCUAAAGUUUCAGAAUAUUUAAAUAGAGCUGAGAAACUGAAAAAAUGUUUGAGGGAGAAAUCAGGAGAAUCACCUGCAAAAGAUAAAACAAAAAAACCUGCUGGAAAUGAUGAUGAAAAUCCUGAAAAGCAGAAACUUAUGAGCCAGUUAAAAGGUGCAGUUGUUAUGGAAAAACCCAACAUAAAAUGGACAGAUGUUGCUGGUUUAGAAGGUGCCAAAGAAGCACUAAAAGAAGCUGUUAUUUUGCCUAUAAAAUUUCCUCAUUUAUUUACGGGUAAAAGAAAACCAUGGAAAGGAAUUUUAUUAUUUGGGCCUCCUGGAACUGGAAAGUCUUACCUUGCAAAGGCUCUUGCAACUGAAGCUAAUAAUUCCACAUUUUUUUCUGUAUCUUCUUCUGAUCUUGUAUCCAAAUGGAUUGGGGAAAGUGAAAGGCUGGUAAAAAGUCUGUUUGAAAUGGGAAGGCAACAUAAGCCAAGUAUUAUAUUUAUUGAUGAAAUUGAUUCAUUGUGCAGUUCACGUUCAGAUACUGAAUCAGAAUCAGCCAGGAGAAUAAAAACAGAAUUUCUUGUACAAAUGCAAGGUGUUGGUAAUGACAAUGAUGGAAUUCUAGUUGUAGGAGCUACAAAUAUACCAUGGGCUUUAGAUUCUGCUAUUCGUAGGAGAUUUGAAAAACGAAUAUAUAUCCCAUUACCUGAUAAAAAUGCAAGACGUGCAAUUUUCAAGUUAAACGUUGGUGAUACUGAACAUGACAUUAAGGAAAAAGACUUUGAAAUACUUGCUGAUAAAACAAAAGGUUUCUCAGGAGCCGAUAUAUCUGUUCUAGUUCAGGAUGCUUUAAUGCAGCCUGUCAGGAAAGUUCAGACAGCUACACAUUUUAAAAAAGUAUCUGGCAGAUCACCAAAUAAUCCACAUGUUUCCGUUGAUGAUCUUUUAACGCCUUGUUCACCUGAUGAUCCAGAAGCUAUAAAAAUGUCUUGGAAUGAUGUUGAUGGAGAUAAAUUAGUGGAACCUAGUAUAACUAUGAAUGAUAUGCAGUUAUCUCUUGAAAAAGCCAAACCAACUGUUAAUGAUGCUGACCUGUGGCAACUGGAAGAAUUCAUGAAUUCUUUUGGUCAAGAAGGAUAAAAUUGCUGUCUUUCUGUUAUAUGAAAUUCAUAACCAGAGAUUGCCUUUUAUGAGCUAUCAUAGUUACUGAAAUCAUCAAGAGUACAGUUAUGAAGAUGUAAUAUUUGAGAUAUAUAUUUCAUAAAACUUAGCAAUGAUCAGUAUUUUUCAGAUAUUAAAAAUAAGAUGAAUCAUACAAAAAUUUCAAAGUGUAUAGAAUAUGUUAUUGUAUGAAAAACUACUGAACAAUGAUUUGUUUGCUGUGAUAUUAUUUAUAACAAGUGAUAAUUUAGUUAUACACAUUUGUAAACUGUAUAUUUUUUUGGCAUUAUAAUGUAUAAAGAAA